CGCACCACAAAAGACAACGGCGGAAAGCGAACGACCAGGCAGUGCACGACAGGUCGAAGGCCGAACUGGCACACGAGACUGCCAUCAUGGAGGAGGAGAACAUCCUUGCCACCGUUCUUGGGGACGAUCACACGUUUGACGAAGCAGAAAACGAAGCUGUAGUUGUAUCGGAGUCGCAAGUUGACGAAGCCAAAGCUCCAACACGGGUUGAACACGGGACAUCAUCCGUGACAGCGUCCGAGACAGCGGCGAGGAGAACACAGCCACCGCCACAAACGGACGAGCCACGCGACCUUCGUCGUCAGAGACACAGGCCAGCUUCACCAACACAAACAGCGUCAGCUGCACAGAGCCAGCGCCGCAGCCGCUCGAGGGGCCGCGAUCUGCCGCCACGCAGAGAGCAACGUCGCCAAGGUCGCAGACAAAGCCGAGAUCGCCCGCGCGAUGCUCGUCUGGACGAGCGCGGCGCGCGCCCAGCUCCAGAUCGAGGAGCCCCCAGGGCACGCGCAUCACCGCCACCACCGGCAGCAGCACUAGCACUAUCAGCACAACGAGGCGGGAGGCAGGACGCAGCACGCCAGCAGCGACCACAGCAGCGACCCCAGCAGUCAGUCUUUGCCCGGCUAGGUGACCGAUCAGCAGCAGGAGCAAAACCCCGCGAUGCCGACUCUGGCAACAAACUGGCAGCGGUGCAACCCGACCGUUUCACCGACCAACGCCAACGCAGAUCAUCCCGAGACGCACAGAGGCGCGCACCCACGAGGAAGGGCGAAACUCAGCGUGCGGCAGUACCAGCACCAGCACGGGCGCCUUCUGGUGGAGAUGGCGCUGGUGCUGCCUCCAGAGGACACGCAGAGGCCCGGGCGAGGCCACACCAACAACGGGAUGAGACCAGCAGCCCGACUCGCCGCUCGAAGCGCAGCAUCCACGAACGCCUGUCAGGUGCGGUGAUAUCCAGAACAUGUACUCCAACGUGCUGGCACGUGAGGGCAUCGGCCAGAGAGAUGUGGGAAGGGAGAUGUGGGAAGAGACACAGGGGCUGUACGGGCUGUGAUGGGGCGCUACCAUCAGAUCGGGACGCGUGCAGCCUUGUGCCUUUCAAUUCAGUUGGCGAAAGAGAAGUGACCGUUGCAUCCGUAGUCUGUAGAAGUAGCGCGUCCUGACACAUGUUUCAGGCGUCCGAUUCUUCUUCUCUGCCUCCUCUUCCUCCUCCCCCCUCUGCUUCUCUGUGGUUACGCGUCCUAUGCGUAUUUGUGGCGAUUGUCUUCCACUUUGGUCGUUAUCAUCGCUGUCACCGGCUUUUUCUCUUUCCUUUACUCCCCCACCCCAUGUGCUGUGCUUGCUUGUGUUCUUGGCGUGUAGAGAGCCAGAGAGAGUGCGCGCGUGUGUGCGUGUGCGUGUGUCUCUGUGUGCGUGUGAGAGGGUCAGAGCGCGCACGAGCAUAGCAGAAGGAGAGAGAUGAGUGGCGAUGGGGUGCGACGUGUAUUGGCAUGCGAGCGGGAGGCGUGCACAGCGACUUGACGGGUGCGAGCGCGCGAUCGAGAGAGCGACAGACGAGAUGGAUGAGGGGACGCGAUUAUGCAAGCUGCUGGGGCCACAGGAUGUGAAUGAAUGAAUGAUUUCGUUCAGCUAAUCAUUGUCCUCAAUGUGCUCCGCUUGGCUUCCCGCCUGUCGACAUCUCGGUUGCGUCAUACCUGUGUGUUGCUGUGCUCCUGUGCACCCGCGCCACUCCUCUGCGCGCGCGCCUGCGUCGUGGUGGGUGAUCCCAUCAACGCUUUGCUUUGGCUGCGCGUGCGCAUGCGACGGCAGGCUAUGUACAGAAGCCGACGGCGGCACCACCACCAUCGGCAUCGUCAUCAUCCUCCAGUACCGCCCCAGGCAGACGCGGCAAAGGACGAGUGGAAGGAUCUUCAAGUACACCAACAGCGGCGGCGGCUGUGCGUGGCACUGCACCGGCCGCACACCAGCGCCAAGGCAUGACUCGCGUCGUGCACAGCGAUGGCGGUGUUCCCAAGCGUGUCCCGAAGCAGGCGUUCCGGGCAGGUGGCAAGUGUGCCUUCUACCUGGUGCGCAGCCACACGGAGGAGAACAUACGCCUGUCGCAGCAGCACGAUCUCUGGGCAACCCCGAAGCGAAACAUGUCCAAGCUCAAAGCUGACUUCAAGAACAAUGAGAACUUGUAUCUCAUCUUCAUCGCGAAUGGAAGCUCGUCCUACUCCGGCUAUGCGCGUGUGGAGGGCAUGGAUGACGACAUUGACUUUGACUGGAACACGUCCGUGAACCUUGGGUCCACCUUCCUUGUCCGCUGGAUCAACACAUAUGGCAUGCCAACGGCAAAGGCGUCUCACCUCCGCAACAACCUUCGACGACGCCAGGAAAUUCACAAGUGCCCCGACAUGACGAAAAUUGAGUCCGUGGCAGCAGCCAAGCUCCUUACGUUGAUGGACACAUUCGGGGAAGAGGAACAGAAGUUGGCAGCUCAACGCGAGCAGCAACACCAGCACCAGCAACCACAGCGACAGCUACAGCAACCACAGCUACAGCGUGAAGAGGGUCGCCGUGCGAGCAGAGGCGACAGGCGUCGGGACACAAGUGCUGAGAAGCGUUCACCCGGUAGUCGCAAUGCAAGGCCCGCGAAGAAGGCGAAAGCAGCCACACCACCGUCAUCACCAUCACCAUCGCCGCCUCCACCAGCGCCGCAGCAACGGGGCCGAUCGCGCACACCGCUCUCGCGUUCUGUGUCUCCGCCGGCGUCGCCCGGGCGGCGCCCUGCACACGCUGUAGGCAGCGUCGUCCAGCCAGCACCGCCACAACGGCGCGCACGCUCUCGAUCGAUGUCUGAAUCGCCAUCCCCUCCGCCGUCGCCGUCCGGACCACCCCGACGCCACCACCGCCACGCCCACCACCCUGGCCGCCGUGACCGCCGAGUGUGGUCGCGUUCACGGUCACCACUGCCACCAUCGCCGCGAGGGCUUCGUCGGUCCCGCAGCCCGCCCUACAGACGCCACCCGCGCCGACACGACCAGCGCGCACCACCCCCACCGCCGCCACCACCACGCGGCCGGCCCCGUUACGAUGCAAGCUUCCGCGGCUCCCCACCACCCCCGCCGCACCAGCACGCACAUCACCAUCCGCGCCCACCUCCACCACAUCAUCCCCACCAUCCCCACCAUCCCCACCAUCGGCCCCCGAACUUCCGGGGACCACCACCACCACCACCGCAUCGUGCUGCCAUGUCGCCGCCGCCGCCGCGCUUCCCCCGCCGUGAAGGUCGACCGCCCAUGCGCCGCUCUCCACCCUACCGCCCGGGGUCCCCUGCUGCCCGCCCCUAUGGCAGUUCGGGGCGUGCUCGCAACCGUGGCCCUGGCACACCACCGCCUCCCCUGUUAUCACCCCGCCGCGCACGCAUGCGGUCGCGAUCACGGUCUCCUGUUCGGUCACCACCGCCGCGGGGGCCACGCGCACCGCCGGCACCACGCGAUGGCCGACCCGAGGCGGAGAUGAGGGGCCGCCGCCGCUUCUCGUCCUCAAGCCAGCGACCCAUGCCACGGUCUCCAUCGUCGCCACAGCGCGGGUCUUCUCGCGAUAUCAGUUCUGAGCCGUCUUCCCGCCGCACAUCGCGCCCGCAAUCGCGCUCCCUUCGCAGCCGCACCCCUUCCCCGCGCUCGCCAUCACCGUCACCAUCACGGUCACCAUCGCCAUCGCGCUCACGCUCACGCUCGCCACUCGAACCAGUGUCGGGCGCACGCUCACGAUCACGCUCACGAUCACGGUCAAGGUCAAGGUCACGAUCACGGCGGAGAUCGUCGUCGUCUCGCCGAUCCGGUGAAGGGUCACGGGAUGUGUCACCGCGCAGGAGGCGUGGCAGUGCCUCGCCCUCGCGCUCGCGCUCGCGUUCACGGUCGUAUUCUCGCUCGCCGUGGCCGCGUCGUGAUGCUGGCGGUGGCCGUGGACAGUGGACGCCCUCCCGUUCCCCAUCACGAUCCCCAUCCCGCUCUCGGUCGCGUUCGUGGUCCCGGUCCCGGUCCCGGUCCCGCUCGCGCACCCCAGCCUACCGCCGCCAGCGUCGCUCCAGCAGCCGCGGCCGCUAUGCGCGUGGCGGACCGCCCAGUCGCCCGCCGUACCGUGGUGGGCCCGGGCCAAUGGGACCUCCCCCACCUCCACACCACCCACACCACCCGCCAAUGCCAGCGGGGCCGCCGUGGCGGUCUGGCCCUGCCCCUGGCCCGCCGCCGCCGCCGCCGCAGCGCUACCAGCAAGGACCACCGCCGCCUCCAGGAAUGGCCGGACCACCGCCGCCGCCAGGCUAUGGCGGCCCACCACCGCCACCACGCCAGCCCAUGAUGCGGCACAUGGACGCUCGCAUGCGGCCACCGCCGCCCGCUGGGCCGCGGGGUCCUGUUGGAUACACGAGACCGCCACGCCCGCGCAUGCCGCCAAUGGGUGCAGCGCCACCGCAUCAGCACAUGAUGCGCCCGCCACACAUGGGCAGACGAGGCAGGGGGCGUGGCAGGUUCUAGUUGUGUGUGCGUGCUUCGAGGAAGAGAGAGAGAGAGAGAGAGAGAGAGGAGAGAGAGAGAGAGAGAGAGUGUGUGUGUGUGUGUGUCAUGUAGCUGUUGUGGCAGGUGCAUAUGUGGGUGCCUGUGCGCAUGUGGCUGCAGGCAACUGUCACCCGUCUGUGUACGUGUUGGUGCGCCUGCGUAUCUGUGUGCCUCUUGUCUGUGAGCUAGCUUGUGUUGUUUUGUCUGCGCCUCACUCCAGCGCAUGGAUUGGUUGGGUUGUAUGGAAUUGUUGUCGUUGGAUAACCACCGAUGUUACGUGUUCCUCAUCAGUUCAAGCUUGCUCGCACUUGUUUGUGAGGGAAAAAUUAAAUGGUGCCAACACACA